AGAUCUCUCUUUCUGUCUUCUCACAACACAAAAACGUUUACCUAUAAUACCAAAAAAAAAAAAGAGCAACCACAAAGAAAAAAAAGAGGAGUGAGUGAGAAUGGCUAACAUUGGAAUGGAAAAGGUUUACCAAGAAUUUGACCCUGUAACUAGAUGGACCUCUGAACCAGACGCUGAGAUCCUUGUCGUUGACCUUCCAGGAUUCAAGAAAGAACAACUUAAGUUGGCGGUAAGCUCAACAAGGAAGCUAAGACUAAUAGGAGAACGCCCAACUGGUGGAAACAAAUGGAUUCGUUUCCACAAGGAAGUUCCCGUUCCUUUGACCCUUGAUAUCGACUCGGUUUCAGCUACCUUCAAGGACAACAAACUCUACGUCAGACAUCCCAAAGUCAAGAAGACACAAGUCCCUCAAACUAAGCCACCAGUGAUCAAGAAACCACAUGAUCAACAUGAGAAAAACAAAGGCCAUCAGGGUUCAAAAGCAUCACAGAGCGGUGGUAAAACCGGACAACGAAAACAUGAUGCGCGCAAAAAGGAAUCGGUUGGUGAGCCUAGGGAGGAUUUGAGUUCCAAGGAUCAUGAGGAGAAAGACAAAGUUGGAGCCAAAUGGUUCGAGAAGUACAAAGAGGCAACUGGAAAUAUGGUAAAGGAAGCUAAGAACAAAAGACAGUUACUUUGCAAUUUGGCUGCUUCGAUUUCAUUGGUUCUGCUAAUCCUACUGUAUGCUAGAAAUGCAGUACGUUCAUCUCUCGUGUGGAACUCAGAGGAAUGAGUAACCCUUACAAUGUAUAAGAUUUGCUUAUGCAGAAAAUAAAUAAAUAUUUGAUAUUUACCUUCUAUAUCUAUGUACACAUUUGUGUAAUGAGAAAAUGAAAAAUUUCUAAUUAGCCUUAAUAUAAUGAAUUCCAGUGGCAUGUUGUUUUA